AUGCCGUCAACGCUCACCACCGCGGUGCUCCUCGCCGCACUCGCGGCCGGCGGCGGCGCCUCCGCCAUCCCGCAACCCCGCCAGACGCAGCAGACGCAUCUCCUCGCCGAGACCGACUAUGGCAGCUUCCAGGGGGCGUACUCCGAGAGGUACAACAUCUCGUACUGGCAGAAGAUCCCCUUCGCCGCGCCCCCCGUGGGCGAGAACCGGUUCCGGGGACCCCAGCCGCCGGUGGCUGUCGAGGGGGUUUACGACUCCAGCCAGACGUUUGACAUGUGUCCGCAGCGGACCGUCAACGGCUCCGAGGAUUGCCUCUACCUAGGCCUCUAUUCCCGACCCUGGGAGAAAUCCCAACCCCUGAAGCCCGUGGUCGUUACCUUUUACGGCGGCGGCUUCAUCCAAGGAUCGGCCGCCUUCUCCAUCCCGCCCUCGGCGUUCCCGAUCCUCAACGUCUCCGACGCCUCCGACAUGAUGUUCGUGUACCCCAACUACCGCACCAACGCCUUCGGCCUGCUGCCGGGAAAAGAAAUCGCCGCGGACCCCAAGUCGGACCUGAACCCAGGCCUGCUAGACCAGGAGGCCGUGCUGAGGUGGACGAAGAAGUACAUUGCACAGUUCGGCGGCGACCCGGACGACGUGACGAUCUGGGGCCAGUCGGCCGGCGGCGGGAGCGUCCUGGCGCAGGCGUUCGCGCGGGGCGGGACGCAGAAGCUGUUCCGCAAGGCGAUGGCGAGCAGCCCGUUCUGGCCCAAGACGUAUCGGCACGACAGCGCGGAGGCGCAGGCGCUGUACGACGAGCUGGCGGAGCGGACGGGGUGCGCGGGGCCGGAGAGCCUGGCGUGUCUGAAGAGGGCCGAGGUGCAGACGAUCCGGGACGCGAGUCUGGCCAUGACGACGGCGCACCAGUACAACACGUCGACGUUCAACUGGUCGCCGGUCAUCGACGGGGAGUUCCUGCAGGAGCCGCUCUCCGAGGCGACGACGGCGGGGAGGGUGAAUAUGGAGGUGGUUUUCGCGAUGCAUAACACGCACGAGGGCGAGAACUUCGUCCCCCCGGGACUGCAGGGCGCCUCGGACGCGGGGUCGCCUGCUUUCAACUCGAGCGAGGCGUCUUUUGACAAGUGGCUCAGGGGAUUCCAGCCCGGGUUUGGGGAUUGCGAGAUCGAGGCUGUGAAGAAGCUGUAUCCCCCGGCGGGCACCACGGAGACGAUCUCGUAUAAUACGACGUACGUCAGGGCCGGGCUCAUCUAUAGGGAUGUGGUGUUGUCGUGUCCUGCGUACUGGUUUGCUGGGUCUGCGCCCAAUGGCGGAUGGCUGGGCGAGUACUCGCUCAAUCCCUCCAAGCACGCCAGUGAUACCGUCUGGUGGAACCAGGUCAACGCGGUGCAAACGCAGGAUCCAGUCCGUUACCGUGGCUAUGCUGGUGCCUUUGCAUCCUUCUUUCAGACCAGUGACCCCAACGCCCUGAAACUCUCGCCGUCCACGGCAGCUGGCGUACCUUCCAUCAAGGAAAACAAGGAGUGGACGGUUGUCGACGCAGGUUUCGAGACUGCUAAGCUAGACCACCUGGAGACAAGAUGUGGGUUUUGGCAAAAGGCGGCAGCAAAGAUACCCAUCUAG